AUGGCUUCCUCAGUCCCCUCCACCAUGAGAGCCAUCCUCGUCAACGGCAACAAAGCACGCGUAGCGAGCACGAGCGUCCCCAAAGUCAGAACGACCUAUGUGCUCUGCAAAGUCGACUCAAUUGCGCUCAACCCGACCGAUUGGAAACAUAUCCAGGGCAAGCGAGCGGCCUCAGACGGCAUUUCUGGCUGCGACUUUGCCGGUACUGUCGUUAAGGUCGGGCCAGAAGUGACCAAGUCCCUCAAGGCGGGAGAUCGAGUAGCUGGAACUACUCACGGGGCCAAUUACUCCCAGCCUGAGGAUGGUUGCUUCGCUGAGUACUGCGUUGCCAAGGGCGAUUUGCUAGUCAAGCUCCCAGACAGUCUUUCGUUUGAGGCUGCUUCGACAUUUCCACUUGGAGUGUCGACGGUUGGUCAAGGGUUGUUUCAGAAGGCUUUGAAGCUCAAUCUGCCCACAAAGCCAAUCAAGACUCCUGAGCCAGUCCUUAUCUAUGUAAGUCAUUAUCUUCACAUGGCGAAGUCUGCUAACAUCGUGUAGGGUGGCUCUUCCGCAACAGGAUCUCUGGCAAUCCAAUACGCCAAGCUCGCAGGCUACCGGGUCCUCACCACAUGUUCGCCACAUAACAAUGAUUUCGUCAAAUUACUCGGUGCCGACGCCGUCUACAACUACAAAGACCCAGAGUGCGGCAAGAAGAUCAAUCAGGACACCAACAACUCUCUCCGCCUCAUUUGGGACACCAUUUCCCUGGAAGCUUCUGCCAAGAUCUGCGAUGAAGCUCUGGGCUCCGGCGACGGCACAGUCAAAUAUGGCACGAUUUUGCCGGUCAAGCUCCCGAACAAGAAUGCGGACACCACUUUCACUUUCAUGUACACCAUCUUCAACGAUGCAUUCACGAAAGCUGGUCGAGAGACACCCGCUGUGUCUGAAGAUUUUGAAUUCGCAAAGGAGUUCUUCGGUAUCACUGAGAAGCUUCUGUCGGAGGGCAAGCUGAAGACUCAUCCAGAAAAGGUUGGACCAAGCGGUCUCGAGGGUGCGCUCCAGGGCAUGGAGGACAUGAAGAAUGAGAAGGUCAGCGCAAACAAGCUGGUCUAUCGUGUACGAGAAACGCCUGCCGACUCCAAAGCCGAGGUGGAGCUGUAA